AUUGAAGAAAAGUAGAGCAUAAUGUUUUGACAACUAAGCAAGCAGGUGUCACAAACUGGGAACGAUGUUCCUCCCUUGUUUGGACUUUCGCCGUUCCAAGCACACGAAUUCAUCUGAGAGACAGUAUACGACGGGAAUAGAAGAGCUGUGCCGUCAUUUUUCUCUGGAGGAUCUUAGGAAAUCAACCAACAAUUUUGAUGAAAACAGAUUACUUGGACGAUUUAGUAGCGUAUACAUAGGUUGUCUCCAACAUAAUGAUGUUUUGGAUUACAGAGUCGCAAUAAAGCGAAGAUGCCACGAGUUCAAGAAUGAAAUUGAGUUGCUCUGCCAGCUUCGUCACCCUAAUUUGGUGUCUCUUAUUGGAUUUUGCGACGAGCAAUAUGAAAAGAUUAUUGUGUACGAGUACAUGUCCAAUGGAUCUCUAGAUAAACACCUACACGAAGGGAAUAGGGAACCACUGUCGUGGAAGAAAAGACUUGAGAUUUGCAUAGGAGCGGCGCGUGGAGUACACUACCUUCACACAGGUGCCAAGCGCACCAUCUUCCACCGUGACAUCAAACCUAGCAACAUUCUCUUGGAUCACAACAUGGAGCCAAAACUCGCAGAUUUAGGCCUUUCGUUACAGGGACCACAUUUUAUGUCCAAGCCUAAACCAAUUCAAGUUGACGCCAUUAUUGGUACAUACCGCUAUAUGGCCUUUGAGUAUGCCUUGUACGGUACCAUCACAGAAAAAUGUGAUGUUUACUCAUUCGGUAUGGUUCUACUAGACGUUGUACGUGGAAGUGAAAAUAUAAUGCAAAACAAGAUUUUGGGAACGGACCAAGCCUGUUGAGGAGAAUAUUGAUCCUAAUAUUGAAGGGAAAAUAGCACCAGAGUGUUGGGAAGUUUUUAUAGAUAUCACCCAAAGAUGCAUGCAGUUCGAACCAGAUGAGCGACCAACAAUGGGUGAAGUAGAGGUGAAACUUGAACUUGCUCUAUCAUUGCAGGAACAAGCAGAUAUCAGAAACACCAAUGGCGAUUAUACUUUAUUUUCCACCACCAUUAUUAACCUGGGAGUGGAAUUGGAAUCCGACACCGUUGAUAACAUAUACAGUGACACAGAAGACAGUGAUUCUGAAGACACAUCCUAAGUGGGUGAGCUGAAAUUGAAGUUAGUGUUUUGAGUCAAAACAGUCGCUAAACUACUUGCGGUAAUAAGUUUAAUUGAGAUAAUUAUAGCUUUUGUGGUGUGAUUCCUGCUUAGCAUUUUGAUUUAGUCAGAAGGUGUCAUUGUAAUAAUCUUGUACUAGUAUAAAUUUGAAAUGAAUGUUGGAAGUUGUAUGAGAACAAACCAUUAACUAUAUAACUCUUUAUAAUGGAUGGAUUAAUCAGCUAUUCCUGAUACCGUAUCCUUGAGCCAAUUAUUUUCUUUCCUUUUAGUAAAGAAGGUGCAUAUGUCAUUUUUAUUUUUCUUAAAAGGCAGUAUCACUACACCAUUUAUUUAUUCUUUUCAUAUUAGUUUAGUAGAUCUUUUUAAUAUUACAGUCCUCAAAGGGCCUCAGAAAGGCCUAACUCCAGAAGCUGCUUAAUGUUUGGUUAAAUUUUUGUUGAAAUUGAAACAAUUAAUGGCGGAACAAGUUUUUCAAAGGUUGGACGGAGAAACGCGUAAACGAGAGAGAACGGCAUGACAAAUUUUCAGAGGAUCAAGUCAAAAUGGACUAAAUGUAUGAUUUUUCUCCCUCGCGUGUAAGAUACGCAAGCACAGGUAGGGGUGGGCAUAAUUUAGUUUACAUAAAAAAUGGAACCUGAACAAAAUAAAAAAUGUAAUUUAGUUUUUUGAACGCAGUUGCAUUAAAAGUUUAUGAAUCGGUUUAAUUUUGAAAAAAAUGGUUCAAAACCAGUUUAAAAUUGAUUUGACACUCCAGCACCAGUUUGAUAGUUCACUAUUUUAACAUUUGGUUAACAAGUAACUAAAACUAAAUUAAGACUCAAAUAUUAAAAUAAAAUAUAGUUUGCAUAACAGUAUGAUUCACAAUAAACUUGACAGCAUUUAGGAUGCACAUUCUGUUAAUAGAAUGUAAGGUAUAAACAAAGGACAGGUAUAAUUCAAUUCACAAAAAAAUCCAACUUGAUCCGAAACAAAUUAGAAAUAUAAUUUAAUUUUUGAACUUAACUGUUUUGAAAGUUUAAGAUAAGGCAUAAAUAUGAACGGUGUAAAAAUAUGUAAGUUUUAAACGUAUGUUUUUUUAAUAUUAAAUUGUAAUUUUAAACAAAGAUUUUAUUUUUUUACGCCAAUCUUUUCUGUUUUCAAAAAUUGACGGGAAGGUAUUGAGAAGACUUGAGAAACAAGAACGCGUAAAUGAGAAGACGUGGCAGCAAAAUGUCAAUUACGGAUGUGAAAGUAAAGAAAAAAUAUCGAUCUGUCUUCUUCGUAUAUAUUGUUACUUAUAUAUAAAUAAUCGUCACUUAUAUAUUAUUAUCAUUUUAGUUUCCAUAAUCCAUACGGUAGCUACAGAUGAAAGACUUCAAAAACGGGAAACACGUAAAUGACAGAGACUGGGUUGCAAUAUGUCAAAUACAAAUACAAAUAC